AGUUGUAGUCGACUAAGAAAAAGGGCAAAGGGCCUACCAAAUGGGGGCGGGGAGGUCUGCGCGUUGCCAUAGCUACGCCUUAGUUUAGGUCCCGCCUCCUGCCGGGCUGGUAGAAAGCCUACAUGGAGGAGCAAACUGAGCACGCUGACUCUUGUGUCUGUAAUUCCUGCACUUGGAAGGCUGAAGUAUGAAGAUCGCUUUGUGUUUCAGGCCAGUCAGAGGUACAUAAUGUGUACAAUGAUAUCCUGGGCUACAAAGUUACUGCAUUCUUGUGAAAUUAUAAAUCUACCUGUGAGGGCAGCAGAACUAACUCAGGAAGAAUGGAGGGGGACCAGUUGGAAGCCUUGGACUUCCCUUCAGAAGCUUUGCACACUGAGGUGACCAUGGUGGUGACGGGAGAGCCGCCUGGUGCCAUCGAGGAAGAGCUAGAUAAUGAGGAAGAGGAGGAAACCUCCUCGGAAGUCAUAGAUUCACUGUCCCUUCUGGACGUACUGAGGGUGUCUGCAAUUAUGGAGGACGUCAUCGACCAGCUCUCUAUCCUGGGCUACAUCAUUCCCGUCCAGUACGAAAGAAAGCAGAGCGUCCACCAGAAAUCCAGCCAUGAAAGAACAUCCAUGGUCGCCAGUACAAGGGAAACAUCUGCUUUGUUAACUAAUGAAAAGUUCAUGGUGCCAGAAACCAAACACCGAGGCCAGGAUUUUAUCUUAAAAAAACCUACACGGCAGACCAUGAUGACUCUGGAGAUACUGAAGAAAAUUCAGAACGACAGGCAGUACUUCAGUGACGUGAUCGCAAAUGCCUUGAAGGAGAUGCAAGAGUCUGGGUCAUUCCAGAGUCUCCUGGACGCCUUGGGAAAAGAAAGAGAUAGCAAAAUGAACUUCCAUGAAGUCAUCACCAGGGAGGAAAAAGGAAGAAGAAAGAUAAAAUUUCUUCAGAAACAGCUAGUUGAUGUCAAAAAGGAGCGUCAGAUGCAAGUACAGAAUGGGAACGAAUACAUUGCUCACCUCAAAGACCAGCUACAAGAGAUGAAGGCCAAAACCAACAUGGAGAACCUUUAUAUGAAGAGAAACACUGAGCUGCAGAUUACCCAGACCCAGAAGAAAUGUAACAGAGCCGAGGAACUCUUGCUGGAGGAGAUUGAGAAACUGAGGAUGAAAACUGAAGAGGAGAACCGAGUCCAUAUGGAGAUCGAAAUGUUCCUUAAGAAAGAGCAGCAGAAACUUGAGGAGAAGCUAGAGUUCUGGAUGGAGAAAUUUGAUAAAGAUACCGAAGCAAAACAGAAUGAGUUGAAUGCUCUCAAGGCUGCCAAGGCCACCGACCUGUCACACCUUCAAGAACUUGCAAGGACGAUCCGGGAGUAUGAGCAGGUCAUUAUUGAGGACAGGAUAGAGAAGGAGAAGACCAGGAAGAAGCUGGAGCAGGACGACCUGGAGCUGAAGAGCAUCGUGAAGCUCCAGGCCUGGUGGCGAGGAACAGUGGUCCGGAAGGAAAUUGGUGGUUUCAAAAUGCCCAAGAAAGAGAAAGAUGACAGCAAAGAUUCCAAAGGCAAGGAGAAGGAAAAACGGAGAGGCAAGAAGCGAUGAGUACCUGCUGUUCUCUCCUCUGGUCUCCAAUGGACAAUGUGACAGAUGCCGUCACAACACUCACCUGUGGCUUGCCAUCCAGGACGCCUCGGAGUUCACUAGGCCCAUCACCCUACUUUUCAAACCCCGAAUGGGGGUUGUAACACGGCUGUAGGGCCUCUUCAGACUGUGCACUUUGGGGAAAGAAGUGUUGAGCAGCUUUGUGAACAUUCUUUCUCACGAGAAAACAGUUCAUCGGCUUACAGCGAUGCACUAAAAACUCCCGUGUAAUAUUUUAUUCUGAUUUUAUGCCAAUAUUGAGGGAGAAUUAUCAAGGUUAUUUGCUAGCAAAAUAUGUCUGCACACGGUAGUUAAUUAAUAAACUUUGGUUU